AUGCAGCACGAGCCACUUACUCAUCUCGAAACUCAACGCCUCUCCGCCCCCUACCUUAUUCCCACUUCCAGCUCGUCACCGAGUUCAUCACGCUCCUCGUCGUCCUCCAUGCUCACUUCGCCCCAACUGGACAAUGCAACUUGGCAAGUGGGCACCAUUGACAUUCGUUCCGAGGGGCAUAGUAGUUCAGAGAUACAGUUGGAGACUCUCAAACCUCCGAAUGAACCAGGUCCUAAGAACGUCUACCUACCUCCAAACAGGAUCAGCCUCUCGCCGUUGAUUCCAGAUCGGCCUACGUUGACUCGAGGCAAUACUUCACCAGCGAGCUCCGUCACGAGCACUGCCCCUUCCAGAGGGGAAGCCACUCCCCGAUCGGAGCUUCCUGCUCCAAUAUGGCCUCUGCUCAGUCGAUCAUCGUCCUGUAAUGCCGGCUCAAAGUCGCCAGAUGCAAUGGAUGUCGAUCAGGAUGAUUUGCAAGCACGAACCAUCGAGCCAUCCCUCCGAUCUCAUCAUACCAGUCUGGAUGCUUCUCAACUCGCUACCCCUUCUAGACCUCCAGAUUCACGACGACAGAGCGCACCUUUGCUGUCCAGUUCCGAGCUCCACCGCGUAGUGGCUGAUUCAUCUCAUACUGGCUGCCGGAUCUCUGCUCCACUCUCUCCUCCCGCACAUUACCCCGGUUCCGCGCUGCGAAGGGAGUCUUUCGGGCGUCCAGCUUCACAAGCCAGUGCCUCAUCCUCCGUAUCUGCCUCGACACCUCCCACCUCUAUCUCUUCUCGCUCGACUAAGAGCGAAGAUGCACCUCGAUGGGCACGGCCACCCCGUCAUUUCGACAAGAUCACAGGUCGAGCUUGGUCUUUCAGUCAAGGUCAAGAGCGACCUGAUGUGGACUUUGAUCCCGAAUUGUUCGAUGGAUCGGAUCCAGAUACGGUCGAAGAGGUCAUGAAGGGCACAGACGGGAGGAUAGCAGUGAAGACGACAACGGAUCAGCAUGUCAUUCUUGUCUGGUUACCGGGUAUCACCAUCAAUGAUAUAACAAUAUCGUCAAAAGGUGAUAGGACUGUGCAGAUCGUAGCGGACCGAUGGGACGAGGACGAUCAUCUCGAAUGGAACGUGCUCCUGGGCAAAGACGCCAAUAUGAAGGCUAUAGCUGCGAAGUUGGAGGGGUCGGAACUCAAGGUCACCAUUCAACGCAAGGCACAGCCCUCUGUCAACAAGUCGAUUCGAUCGGCAUUCACCUCUUGGUCUGGUCCAGCGAGACUGCUCGAGCCCAACGAGCGGAUCUGA